AUGUCGCAGGACAAAGAAGCUGCAGCGGAGACGGAGAAGAACAAGAUUUCAUUCUCCAUCAAAGGCAGAGCAAGCCAAGCUGCAGCAGCAGCAGAGAAGGUGCCAAGUGUGGUCAAGCUGGAGACUUCACCACUCGUGGCGAAGAAGACGCCAGCACCGGUGUCACCGCUCGUGCAAACUGCUGUUCCGAAAAGCCAGAACUACGUGGGCAACACCAGGCUUGAGCCACCAUCAGCCAGGAAGCCCUCGCCUCCGGCAGUAAGGAAGGAAACCGUGCGGAAGAAGCGGCUAAAGGCAAGACCGAGCUUGAGCGAAGACUUUGCGGCGUCAGACAGUGUGUACUACAGAAAGACGGGCAACGAGUCUGUCAUUGGCAGCGGCACGUACGGCAAGGUUUACAAGGCAAUACAUGUGUAUAGUGGCCGGAUGGUGGCGCUUAAGAAGAUUCGUAUGGAAGGCGAGCGCGAUGGAUUCCCAGUCACAGCCACGCGCGAGAUCAAGCUGCUACAGUCGCUAAACCACGUUAAUGUGGUGCCAUUGCAAGAAGUCAUGGUGGAGAAGAACGACUGCUUCAUGGUCUUCGAGUACUUGGCACACGAUCUGACCGGCUUGCUGAACCACCCAACUUUCACUCUCACCGAAGCCCACAAGAAGCACCUCGCCAAGCAAAUGUUCGAAGGCCUGGAGUAUCUACACCGGAGAGGCGUGCUACACCGUGACAUCAAAGCGGCCAACAUCCUGAUCUCGAAGACCGGCGAGCUGAAGUUCGCUGACUUUGGGCUUGCGCGCUUUUACGAGAAGCCGAAGAAGCAAGACUAUACCAACCGUGUCAUUACCAUCUGGUACCGCCCUCCCGAACUACUCCUCGGCGAGACGCAGUACGGCCCGGCUGUGGACAUCUGGAGCGCCGCCUGCGUGCUCGUCGAAAUCUUCACCCGCCACGCAAUCUUCCCCGGCGACGGCGGCGAAAUCUCCCAACUCGACAAAAUCCACGCCGUCCUUGGCACCCCCUCCCGUAGCGAAUGGCCCGGCAUCACGGAUCUGCAAUGGUACGAGCUGCUGCGCCCCACCCACCGCAUCGCGUCCACCUUCGCGGAGAAGUAUAAACACCGUGUCAGCGCCGACGCAUUUGAGUUGCUGGAGGCUAUGUUUAGCUAUGAUCCGGCGAAUCGGCCGACGGCGGCGGAUGUGCUGGAGCAUGGGUAUUUCACCGUGGAGGAGCCCCGAGCGCAGCAGGUGUGGGAACUGGCGGAUUUGGAGGGGGAUUGGCAUGAGUUUGAGAGUAAGGCGUUGAGGAAGGAGAAGGAGAGACAGGAGAGGGAGGCGAGGAGGAGGGAGCGAGAGGGUGGUGAGGGUGGUGCCCAGGGUAAGAGGAAGGCGGAGGAGGGAGCGGCAGCCGGUGUGGCGCCCACGGAGAAGAAGCCUAGGACUUCUGUUGAGGUGACAGGCUAG